ACUGGAAUAACGUAAAAGUACAAGCACAACAAAAUAAAUUGUUUUUAAUCCGAUAAUUAAUUUUUUUAAUGAUCCGCCACUGUCAACUGUCAAAAUCUACAAUCAAAAUGGAGGCAAACUGAAAAUGUUUGUUUAUUAUUUCUUUUAAUUUGCGAAAAAUAGUAAAAAGUGUUGUUGUUUACAUAUAGUGCGGUGCUUGAUUGGUGAUAAACGUGAAAAUGCACAUAAAACAGGUUAUUAUCCAGGGCUUCAAGAGCUACCGCGACCAAACAGUGGUCGAGCCGUUCGACAAACGCCACAAUGUGGUGGUGGGCCGCAACGGUUCAGGCAAAAGCAACUUUUUCUAUGCAAUCCAGUUUGUUUUAAGCGACGAGUUUUCGCACUUGCGACCCGAACAGCGCCAAGCGCUUCUGCACGAGGGCACAGGCCCCCGAGUUGUCUCGGCUUACGUUGAAAUUAUUUUUGAUAAUUCGGACGCUCGCGUUCCUCUUGAGCAUGAGGAGAUUUACUUGCGUCGCGUUAUUGGGGCCAAGAAAGACCAGUAUUUUUUGAACAAGAAAGUGGUGCCUCGAAGCGAAGUGAUGAAUCUUUUGGAAUCGGCGGGUUUCUCCAAUUCCAACCCUUAUUAUAUUGUUAAACAGGGGAAAAUCAACCAAAUGGCGACAGCCCCCGACGCCCAUCGUCUCAAAUUGUUGCGCGAAGUGGCCGGAACGCGGGUUUAUGACGAGAGGAGAGAUGAGUCAAUGGCCAUUCUGAGGGAGACUGAGGGCAAGGUUGAGAAAAUCGAGGAGUUUUUGAGGACGAUUGAGGAACGUUUAAGUACUCUAGAGGAGGAGAAAGAGGAGUUGAAGCAGUACCAACACCAUGAUAAAAUUCGGCGUGCCCUGGAAUACAUCAUUCAUGAAGUGGAAUUGAAUGAAAAUAAGAGAAAGUUGGCUGAUCUUGAAAAACAAAGAAAUGAGUCUGGGAAUGAGCAGGAAAAAUUGGCGGUGAAUUUGAAAAAAGCCCAAGAUAAUAUUAAAACUCUCACAAAGAAGACAAAGGAAACGAAAAAAGAAUUGACGAGUCUGAAAGAAGAACGCGAUAUUUUAACCCAUGACCAGCAGCAUUUAAUAAAAGAAAAAGCGAAAUUGGAUUUGACUAUUAAAGAUCUGUCUGAGGAAGUUCAAGGAGAUAAUAAAUCGAAAGAAAGAGCCGAGAAUGAAUUGGCAAGACUUACACAAUCAAUCAAAGAAAAAGAAGGAGAAUUGGAAAAGGUCAAGCCUCAGUAUGAAGCAAUGAAGAAACGGGAAGAGGAAUGUACGAGAGAAUUGGCUUUGAAGGAGCAAAAACGCAAGGAAUUGUACGCGAAACAAGGACGAGGGAGUCAGUUUACCUCUAAGGAUGACAGGGAUAGAUGGAUUCAAAACGAGUUGAAAUCGUUGAAUAAACAACUGAAAGACAAGCGCGAGCACCGCGACAAACUCGAAGCCGACUUGAAACGCGACGCUGCAAAAACCAUCGAACUCACCAAAAAAAUCGAAGAACAAUCUCAAGAAUUAGAACGUCAAAAAAACUGCAUUGACGAACACAACAAACAGUGUUACGAACUGAAGAAAAACAAAGACCAAUAUCAAGCUACUAGAAACGAAUUAUGGCGUAAAGAAAACAACGUCCAACAAAACCUCUCCUCACUCAAAGAAGAUUUAGCAAAAGCCGAUCAACAGUUGCGUUCAAUGGCCGGUAAACCCAUUCUUAAUGGACGAGACAGCGUCCGAAAAGUUUUGGACACGUUUGUGAGUCGUGGGGGCCGCGAAGCCGAAAUUGUCAAGUCAUAUUAUGGCCUUGUUAUUGAAAAUUUCGAUUGUGAGAAAAGUAUCUACACGGCUGUGGAGGUCACAGCCGGAAAUCGGCUUUUUCAUCACGUGAUCGAUUCGGAUAAAGUCGGGACGCAGAUUUUGAAGGAAAUGAAUCGACAAAAACUACCAGGAGAGGUGACUUUUAUGCCUCUAAAUCGGCUCAAUGUCAGGGAUAUUGCCUACCCAAACGAUUCGGACGCCAUAGCAAUGGUGUCAAAGUUACACUACGAUCCGAAAUACGACAAGGCUAUGCGUUAUUUGUUUGGCAAAACAUUAAUUUGUCGAAACCUAGAUGUCGCUACAAAACUUGCAAGAACCACCGGUCUCGAUUGUGUGACUUUGGAAGGUGAUCAAGUUUCGUCAAAAGGGUCCCUAACUGGGGGUUAUUUCAAUUCGAAUCGUUCCCGACUCGAAAUGCAGAAAAACCGAAGCGAAACAAUCCAACAAAUCUCCCAAUGUGAGGAUGAAUUAAAGUCUUUGAGAGAGGAAUUGACCAAAACCGAAGCGUCAAUUAAUAGUAUUGUCUCUGAAAUGCAGAAAACUGAAACUAAAAACAGUAAAGCGAAAGGGAUUUAUGAUAAAGUCAAAGGCGAGUUGAGAUUAAUGAGAGAGGAGUUGUCGAAUAUUGAAAGAUUUAGGGGGCCUAAAGAACGCUCCCUCGCCCAAUGCAAGUCGAGUCUUGAGGCCAUGCAAUCGACUAAAGAGGGCCUCGAAAGUGAGCUUCACCAAGAGUUGUUAUCGCAGUUGUCGUUCGCCGAUCAAGCCGAAGUUGAUUCGUUAAACGACGAUAUUCAACGAUUGCAAAAGGAAAAUAAAGAAGCGUUCAGUACAAGAAUGAAGUUGGAAGCUGAGAAAAAUAAAUUAGAGAAUUUGUUGACAAAUAACUUGAUUAGGAGACGAGAUGAGGUAUUGCAUGCCUUGCAGGAGAUCUCAUUGGAGGAUAGAAAAAGACAAUUAGUGAAUUCGAAAAGUGAUCUAGAGGAGAUUGACAGGAAGAUUGAGAAGGUUAACAGGGAGUUGAUCUCGAUGGAGACUAAAGUGAAGGAAAUGGCUAAAAGAUUAAAAACCGAACAAAGCGAAUUAGAUAAUUGGAAGAAAAAAGAAAAAGACGCCCAAGAUAAAAUCGACGAGGAUGCGAAACAUUUGGAAAAAUAUGCAACUAAACAAAAUCUUCUUGAACAAAAAAUACAAGAAUGUGUCGAAAAAAUUAACCAGUUGGGAGCACUCCCAGCACAGGAAUUGUAUUCCCACUACGUGAAAAUGACAUCACGAUCGCUUUUCAAAGAGUUGGAGAAGACCAACAACCAGCUGAAAAAAUUCAGUCACGUGAACAAAAAAGCCUUGGACCAGUUUAUGAGUUUCUCGGAUCAGAAGGAAAAGUUGCAGAAGCGCAAAGAGGAAUUAGAUCGAGGUGGCGAAAAAAUCAAAGAACUCAUCGCAAUGUUGGAACAGCGCAAACUCGAAGCCAUCCAAUUCACUUUUAAGCAAGUGUCGAAGUACUUUUCGGAAGUUUUCAAAAAAUUAGUACCUGCAGGUAAGGCCAAACUGGUCUUGAAGACAGUCGAUAAUGAAGAAGGCCGCGAUGUGGGACCUGAAGAUACAAAUUCGGAUCAAUUCAGUGGAAUCGGGAUCAAAGUCUCGUUCACUGAAUCUGACGCCGAGAUGAAGGAAAUGAAUCAAUUGUCAGGGGGGCAAAAGUCAUUAGUGGCCUUGGGAUUGAUUUUUGCCAUACAAAAGUGUGAUCCUGCACCGUUUUAUCUAUUUGACGAAAUCGAUCAAGCUUUGGAUGCCCAACAUAGGAAAGCGGUGGCAAAUAUGAUUCAUGAAUUGUCAAGUGAGGCCCAGUUUAUUACUACGACUUUCAGGCCUGAAUUGUUGGAGCAUGCGCAUAAGUUUUAUGGGGUUAAGUUUAGGAAUAAAGUGAGUCAUGUGGAGUGUGUCACUCGGGAGGUGGCGAGGGAUUUCGUCGAGGAUGACCAAACACACGGUUAAAUAAGUUUUAAAAUAGGCGAUAAGUUACAUUAUUUAAAUUCAUGUUUUGAGAUAUAUUUUAAUAAAUGAUAGGAAUUUUA